AUGCAACUCCAAGAAAACAAACAAAUCACAUCUGAGCAACUCAAACCAUUGCAAUGGCCUCUGCUCAGUGUGUGAAACCCAAUACCACAGUUGAAGCUAGCCAACCAAAAUGUCCACACAAACCAAAUAAUACUGCAAGUGGAGUUAGCCAACAAAAAUGCCCACACAAAUCUAAUAACACUGCAAGUGAAGUUAGCCAACCAAAAUGCCCACAAAAAACCAAUAAUAUAGCAAGUGAAGCUUCCCAACCCAAACCCAAUAGCACUGCAAUCGAAGUUUGCCAACCCAAAACCCAACACAGCUCCUUUGGGCAAAAGUUAUCUGAGAUAACAAGCAAGGCUUUCAAAGGGCACCAUGCCCGUCAUGGAAGCAACCAAAAUCAACUUCAAUGCUACAGUCAAACUCAGGUUGAGUCGCAAGGCCAUAAUGGUACCAAAACAGAGACUCACCAUUAUGGCCAAACUCAGUUCCAACAAGACAAAAAACAUGGGGUCUCCAAAACCCAGAUCACAGUUACAAUGGUUCAAGCACAAAUCACCCGUACUGACGAGGAUUAUCCUUAUGGUGGUACAUCAUGUUUUGGGGCUCCUACCAAGAAGAAUGGAGAGCUCAACAACAUCAAAAAGGAUAUGAACUUGUUCCGGAGGAUUAAGAAUGGCAUGUCUCGCCAUAACAACACUGAAGGAGGUAAAAACAGCAGCAGCAGCAGCAGUGAUAGUGAAAGUGAUGAUGAGAAGUGUAAACAGUGCCCAAAGACGAAGAAAUGAUGAAACGAGAAGCUGCAAACAGGACGCAACUAAACAAAGCUUAUUCAACGGAAGGAAAUAAUAACAUCUUUACAGAUAAUAAGUGUGUUUGUGUUUUAUGAUACUGUUCUCGCCCCCAAAUAGUUGGGAGAAAUAAAUUCCAAGGUCACUUGGUUGUGUGUAUUGUGAUAAAUGAUUAAUAAUAUACGUUGAAGUUAAUACCGGUCUGUUCAGCACAGGACCGAACAGUACCUUCGUUACCUAGUAUGUAUUUCGAUUAACGUUUGUAAAAUUGUGAGCAAACUUAAUUUUGCAAAUUUUCUAUUA